UGGGCGGCGCACUGUAGCCCUGCACGCGACCCGGCGCGCACGCACGCAUGAAGAUCGAGGAGCAAGCCACGGAGGAGGCGGCCCGCCGCCCGCCAGCCACCCGACGACAGGAGAAGCCACCCUACUCCUACAUAGCCCUCAUAGUCAUGGCUAUCAGACACUCUCCAAACAAAAGGCUGACCCUUAGCGAAAUUUACAGUUAUCUACAACAAACAUUUCCAUUUUUCCGAAGUUCAUACCAGGGUUGGAAGAACUCGGUGCGGCACAAUUUAAGCUUAAACGAAUGUUUCGUCAAGCUUCCGAAGGGGCUCGGAAGGCCGGGGAAGGGACACUAUUGGACUAUCGACCCUUCCUCGGAGUUCAUGUUCGAAGAGGGAUCGUUCAGGAGGCGUCCGCGAGGAUUCCGCCGGAAGUGCCAGGCUCUCAAGCCUCAGUUCGGGAGCGGUGGAUACCUGUGCGGAGGCGGGGUUACCGCACUGCCGCCGGCGCAGCCCGCCGGCUACGAGCUAGCCGGCGGCAGCGGGGCCGGCACGAGCAACGCGAGUUCCAUCGACUAUGGAGCGUGUGCGUACUCGCACACCAGCUCGUCGAGCCAGCAGCUGCCGUACGGCAGCGACUACUGCUCGUACGGCGGCAUGGGCGAGCGCGAGUGGCCGCUGCCCUACGGGUCGGUGGAUACCAGCUACCGACCGCCGCCGUCGACGCCGCCGCCGCACCACGACCUUCCAGAUCUCAUACCCAAUUACCAAUAUGUAACCAAUGACCAUGGUACAUCGGCGAUGUUCGCAGGGAUGCGCGGAGUGCACGGGCAAAUGCUCGGGGGCGGAUCGCUGGGGCUGGGCGGCUUCGGGCUGGGGUCGCCGCUGCCGGCGUUGCCGGAGCGUAAGGCGUACGCGUCGCCGCCGCCGACGCCGCUGCCGGCAUUGCCGCCGUUGCCCGCGUUGCCCACGCCCUCGGCGCCGUCGGCGGCCGGCCAGCCGCCUGCCGUCAGCUCCGCGUCCGUUCAUGCCUACUACGAUCACAUGAAAUACUCGUUACACCAGUAGCUUUAAAUCAUGACGCACCUAAUAAAGGUUAGGGUAGCACCAGACAGCUAGGACUAGUGAACGAGGACUCUCCACAUAAUGUGAUCUAGACUCUCAGGCAGUGCUUCAGAGAUAUAUGUACCUAACGAUUUAAAGAAUAUUUAGGAAAUUUAUUUAAGUAAGUACUGUAUGCUUUCAUGUAAUGCAAUUGGCAUUUGGUAUGGUAGGUAUAUAGGGUGAGUGAUGUCCAGCGCUAGUUUACCUGCGUGUUAUCGACAUUUACGAGUAAGAUGCUGUAUACUCCUUUGACGAAAUUUCGAAUAUAAACCUUCUAUGCUGAAACUAUUAUUGCAAUCCUUAUUGUAGUCUGAAUAUAUCUAUUUACUUAGAUCUAAAUUGUAUACCUCAAUUAGCUGAUGACAAAAAUGAAUAAUUUGCUAAUAAUCCGUGUGUGGACGAAAACUAGAACAAUGACCCACCAUCUAGAAUUCUAGAAUAAUUUUAACCAAAUACAAUUAUUUUAAAUAUUGUGAGAGUAAUAUGUACCUAGUUUAAAUAAUUGGCUAAUUUUAAUCUGUGUAUUAUAUUAAAUUACUUGACUAUUGAAAAUUAAAUGCAUUUCUAAACCAAAGUUGACCAAAGGAAGAUUACAGGAUAUGUACGUUAUUACAUAAUAGUGGGUAGGCACUUUAAAUUUUUAAGUAUCGUGCUGGUAAGCACCCCAUGGUUUAGCUAUUAAUGAUUUAAAUGUAUAUACAUAUAGUACCUACCAUGAAAUCCGUUUUCACCUGAAUUAAAAAUAGGUAUAUAUAUACAACUCACGAUCUUACAAAAUUAAUGAAAAUACACUUUCAAACCAUUGCCUUCACAUAUACAGCGUGUGUAUUCCAUACGGGCGAAUAUCUUAAUAACGAUGAGUAUCGGACCUAAGGAGCCUAACUAUAUGUUUUUUUUAAUAGAUGACAUAUUUUUUUCAUACAGCACGCAAUGUAUAAUUAGUGUACCUAUCUAAACGUCAUUACGACAUGACGUUUAUGUCGUGUUAAUGAAGUUGGACGGCGUGCAUUGCUCCUUGGUAAGAUUUAAAAAAUUAAUUACUCUUAAUUAAAAACACUUAACAAAAUGAUUAUGUUAUACGAUUCGUAUGGUCAGAUACUGCUUAUAAAUGGAUACAUUAUUCGCCCGCAUGGGAUCCACACGCUGUAUGUAUGAAAUUAUAAUUAUUUUCAAUAUGUAUAGGUAAAAAAAUGCUGAGUCUAGACUAGCUUUGUUUAUUAUUCCCAUGAAAUUCAGGUGAAAGCGGAUAUAAUAAUAAUUAUUUAAAAUCUUUAGCACUCAGACCACCUCUGCGAGAAAGCGACACGCAUUCGCCACAUGUAUAGCAUAUUAAUCGAUGAUCUAUAUAUAACUGAUCUAUUUUAUCACCAUUAAUUAAUCGCUAUGGUUGGGUGGUACAGAAUACUUCAGGGUAUUCAGACCCAGUUAUCGUGCCAUACAAUAUUUAUGUUUUGUAACUAUGUAUAUCAACUUAGGAUAAGAAUAGUAAUUACUUAAAUGAAUGUAAUUUAUUUACAUUUAUAUUGUAUAAUAUCACACACCUAGUGAAUUUAGGUAGUUACUUAUAUUGUUUAGUAGUAAGUGACAUACUGAAAGUUAGACAUGUAGGUGUUUGAGCGGUUCUGCACUCUAGCGAGGAGCAGUGUGCUAACUGGCAGGAAAGAAAGGUGUUUUCUCUGAUAGCUUAUAUUAUUAUUUAGCGAACAUAUUAUUUUAAGUAAUUAUCGUUUUCAAUAAAUUAUCUU